AUGGAUAUUGGGGAGGUCGUUAGACGAUUCAAGGAAUGGCAGAGCUUACUACCACGAGUUCAUCCUUUUUACGCUGUUAAAUGUAAUUCACAUCCAGUGAUACUUACAGUCCUAGGUGCACUUGGUUCUGGAUUUGAUUGCGCUAGCAAGUCAGAAAUUGAAGAUGUACUAAAUAUUGGUGUUCCAGCAUCGCGCAUCAUUUAUGCCAACCCUUGCAAAUCCAAGACGCAUUUACAAUUUGCUGCCGAUAAAAAAGCAGGAUUGAUGACAUUUGAUGACGAGUAUGAACUCCACAAAAUCAAAGAAGUAUACCCAGAUGCGGAAUUGGUUAUACGAAUUAAAGCUGACGAUCCCAGCGCAUUGGUAAAUUUGGGAAUAAAAUUCGGAUGUGAUGUGAAACAUACAAUACAUCUUUUACACGUAGCUAAAAAGCUCAAUCUCAGCGUUGUUGGCGUCAGCUCAAAUUCUCUGGCAUCAAUAUCAUUAACUGUUAAAUGUAAUUCACAUCCAGUGAUACUUACAGUCCUAGGUGCACUUGGUUCUGGAUUUGAUUGCGCUAGCAAGUCAGAAAUUGAAGAUGUACUAAAUAUUGGUGUUCCAGCAUCGCGCAUCAUUUAUGCCAACCCUUGCAAAUCCAAGACGCAUUUACAAUUUGCUGCGGAUAAAAAAGCAGGAUUGAUGACAUUUGAUGACGAGUAUGAACUCCACAAAAUAAAAGAAGUAUACCCAGAUGCGGAGUCGUUCCUCAAACCUCGUCUUGUCGGAGUUGGAUUACUGAAUAAGAAUAUGUAA